GAGGAGAGAGAAAACCAUUUUCCCAAAAUUUCAUUUCGAUUAAAGGAGAGUGAGAGUGUGCGAAAAAACAAACCGGUAAAAAGUUGCCAAUUUCGCGUUGUUUGGGUUUGUAUUCAAGCAAAACUUGGAGCAUCGUCUGUGGGUUUCUAUUCAAGGAGACUGUGUGAUUGCAUUUUCGCCCUAAAUUGGUCGCGCCAUCAAAUAAAGAGGUACGAAGCAUCAAAUGUACACUGAAGCAAAUAAUGAGGACUAGAAGUGGUACACCCGCUGCUUCUUCUAGCAAACAAGCAGAACAACAAGUAGAGAGCAAGAAAAGGAAAAUGGAAGCGGUUGUUGUCGAGGAUGUUGAUGAUGAAGAUAAUGACUACUACGAAGUCUUCAGUGGAGCGGAUGAUGAUUCUAAUGAUGCAGACUAUGAGGAGGAAGUUGAAGAACAACAGUACGCUGAAGACGAUUUAUUUGGUGGUGAUUAUGAGGUGGAGUCAUAGUAUUUUGUUACUGAGCACACUGAUAAUAAGCAAAAAAUUGUUUCACAGAGACCCCCACAGAGAUCCCUACAGAGACCCCCACCACAGAAACAGACUAGAGUUGUGAGAAGAGUUCAGAGGCCCUUAGUAAUUAAAGAACAAGAUAAUACGAUGGAUGAGUUUGUUGUUGGACAACCGGGGCAGACGUUAGGUGAGUCUGCCAAGCAAAGAGGGUUGUUAGUUGCAACACAGCUGAGGAAUUGCAGCUGGAAGCCAACAAACUUCAAUUGUCGAGUCAGUGCAUUUGUUGAUCUUAUCAAGGCGAUGAAAAUAGAUGAGAAGAAAAUAGAGUUGUUGCAGGAUAGUGGGUUUGGCUCCUUGGUUAAGCUACCUUCAACGAAGAUUGAUCGCAGGUUCUGUUACUGGCUUAUGGGAAGGAUCGAUCCCGAGAAGAAGGUUCUCACUGCAGGAGAUGGAAGGGAGCUACCCUUGUGCCCUGAACAAUAAUGGAGGUGAAUUUUUGGGCUUCCUCGUGGUACAAACCAAGUUCCUGUUAAAGUAACAAAUGCAGCCAUGCAAGUGAGGGUUGAUAGGAUAGUUCAGCACUAUGGUGAGGUAAAUCCAGAUGGUACAUGUCACAUUAAGAUCCAGCAGGUCGUUGAUGAGCUGCCUUUAAUACCGAUUAACACAGAGCAUGAGAAGGAUGAAUUCAUGAAGGCGUUCUUGCUAGCGUUGUUGGGACUGCUAAUAUGUCCCACUACAAGAAAAAAGGUAAUUAGCGACGGCCAAAGUAGUCGCAAAUCCGUCGCAAAGCAAAUCCGUCGCAAAAAUGGAUUUGCGACGAAUUUGCAACUACUUUGGUUCGUUGCCAAAAACCUCGUCGCAAAUCCAUUUUUGCGACUAAUUUUUGAACAGUCGCAAAUUUAGUGACAGAUUUGCAACGCCUUUGCAACUAUCAUUUAGCGACUAACUUUCAAAUUUUAGCAACUAAAUUAUUGUCCGUCGUAAUAUAUUUGCGACGGAUUAGCAACAACAGAGAUCAACAUUUUAAGACUACUUUUGCGACGAAUUAGCGACUGCAAGACCAAAUUUUUGCGACUACGAGACUAAACUUUUGCGACUACGGAGACUAGUUUUAUUGUUACGGAUUUGCGACUAUUGAGACUAAUGUUUUUUGCGACGGAUUAGCAACUACAUACGAGACCAAAUUUUUGCGACUGCAAAACUAAUUAUUUAUGACAGAUUAGCGACUACUGAGACUAAUGAUUUUGCAACUAACCAAUUAGUCUCUAAACCAAAUUUGCAGUCGCUAAAUAUUUGCGACUAACUAUCAAUAUUUGAGACCAUAAUUAAGCGACAACCAAUAUUAAUCAAAAAGAAAAAAAGGUACCCACGCAUAAAUUCAAAUAACUAAAAUGUUAAUUUUAUUCAAAUAUCCAAAAUAUCAAUCAAUUUUUUUAUCAAUGUAUUAAAAAAAAA